CAAGAGUAUACAAAGGUGCAGGUACAUAAUUGGCCCUUAAAAUGUAUCAAUAUAGGAUUUAGAAUCUUGCCAUGCUAUAACUCUAAAUGCAUAGAAGAAAAAAGAAUGAAAGAUUUCCUGUUCUAAGUGUUCAGUCUAGUACUAAAAUUAAUAAAAAUCAAAACCCAUGCACAAAACUACCUCCCCAGAGAAAGGCUAGUCCCUUUUCUUCCCCAUCCAUUUCAUUAUGAACAUAGUAGAAAAUAGCGUAUUCUUAUCAAAUUUGAUGAAAAGUGCCAACAUAUUUGAAUUGAAGUAUGACUUUUCAUGUGAGCUGUACCGAAUGUCUACCUAUUCGGCUUUCCCCGCCGGUGUUCCUGUCUCAGAAAGGAGUCUUGCUCGUGCUGGUUUUUAUUAUACUGGUGUGAAUGACAAGGUCAAAUGCUUCUGUUGCGGCCUGAUGCUGGAUAACUGGAAACAAGGAGAUAAUCCUAUUGAAAAGCAUAAAAAGUUGUAUCCUAGCUGUAGCUUUGUUCAGAAUCUAAAUUCAGUUAACAUCUCGGGAGCUACUUCUCAGCCUACUUUUCCUUCUUCAGUAACAAAUUCCACGCACUCAUUACUUCCAAGUUUGGAAAACAGUGGCUAUUUCAGUGGCUCUUAUUCAAGCUUUGCAUCAAAUCUUUUAAACUCUGGACCAAAUCAAGAUUUUUCUGCCUUGAGGAUAAGUCCCUACCGUUGUGCAAUGAAUACCGAAAAAGCCAGAUUACUUACUUUCCAGAUGUGGCCAUUGACUUUUCUGUCACCAACAGAUCUGGCAAAAGCAGGCUUUUACUACAUAGGACCUGGAGAUAGAGUGGCCUGCUUUGCCUGUGGUGGAAAACUGAGCAACUGGGAACCGAAGGAUGAUGCUAUGUCAGAACACCUGAGACAUUUCCCCAACUGCCCAUUUUUAGGAAAUCAGCUUCAAGGCACUUCAAGAUACACUGUUUCUAAUCUGAGCAUGCAGACAUAUGCAGCCCGCUUCAAAACAUUCUGUGACUGGCCCUCUAGUGUUCCAGUUCAUCCUGAGCAGCUUGCAAGUGCAGGUUUUUAUUAUAUGGGUCACAGUGAUGAUGUGAAGUGCUUUUGCUGUGAUGGUGGGCUGAGGUGUUGGGAAUCUGGAGAUGAUCCAUGGGUGGAACAUGCCAAGUGGUUUCCAAGGUGUGAGUACUUGAUAAGAAUUAAAGGACAAGAGUUCAUCAGUCGAGUUCAAGCCAGUUACCCUCAUCUACUUGAACAGCUCUUAUCUACUUCAGACAAUCCAGAAGAUGAAAAUGCAGAGUCACCAAUUAUUCAUUUCGGACCUGGAGAAAACCAUUCAGAAGAUGCAGUCAUGAUGAAUACACCUGUUGUUAAAGCUGCUUUGGAAAUGGGCUUUAGUAGAAGGCUGAUAAAGCAGACAGUUCAGAGUAAAAUCCUAACAACUGGAGAGAAUUACAAAACUGUCAGUGAUCUUGUAUUAGAUUUACUUAAUGCAGAAGAUGAAAUAAGGGAAGAGGAGAAAGAAAGAGCAACUGAGGAAAAGGAAUCAGAUGACCUAUCAUUAAUCCGGAAAAAUAGAAUGGCACUUUUUCAACAUUUGACUUGUGCGCUUCCAAUCCUGGAUAGUCUACUAACUGCCAGAGUGAUUAGCGAGCAAGAACAUGAUGUUAUUAAACAAAAAACACAGACAUCCUUACAAGCAAGAGAACUGAUUGAUACUAUCUUAGGGAAAGGAAAUUUUGCAGCCACCAUAUUCAAAAACACUCUACAAGAAAUUGACCCCAUGUUAUACCAGCAUUUAUUUGUGCAACAAGACAUAAAAUACAUUCCCACAGAAAAUGUUUCAGAUUUACCAAUGGAAGAACAAUUGAGGAGACUACAAGAAGAAAGAACAUGUAAAGUGUGUAUGGACAAAGAAGUGUCCAUAGUGUUUAUUCCUUGCGGUCAUCUAGUAGUUUGCAAAGAUUGUGCCCCUUCUCUAAGAAAAUGCCCUAUUUGUAGAGGUACAAUCAAGGGUACAGUUCGUACAUUUCUUUCAUGAAGAAGAUCUAAAACUUUGUCUAAACUUUAGAAUUAGUGGAUUACAUACAUUUUAAUUUUAACUUUGAUACUGAUUUGGUUUCUUUAAGAUUUCUUAUUUAUUUACAACAAUUUUGUUUUAUAUAAAUAUUUAUCUAAAACAUGAACAUACAUAUUUUAUGUAGCAUGGGAAUGAUAGGCUUUUGUUUUUGUGAACAAAAAACAGGGAUAGCACUAUAAGCACAAUACUAAAUGAAAAUUUCAGCACUAUUGAAAUUGUAAGUGAAGUAAAAUUUAAGAUUUUGAACUGAACUUUCAGAAUUUUAAAUAUUUUGGAGUUGUAUUAAGGAUCAGGAACAUGGAUUCUCUUGCUUUUUCCAUCAAUGUCCUAUACACAGAAGGUCUUGAUGUUUGUUGAAUGACUUUUUCGGGACAUGAUGUUUUUGUAAAGAAUUCUGUGAGGAACAUUUUAAUAAAGCAAUCAAAAUUA